AAUAAAAGUAGAGAUCUGGAUAACAGAUGGUCAAGACUCAGGAGUAUCAACUCUUACAACAUGCUUUCUCUACAAGUUCUCUACCAACCAGGAGCUGUUAUACAUCUCCUGGUUAUGUGCUUUAUUCUGGAGACUGCCUAUGGUCAGGAUAAUAGGAACAAUCUAUUUUCAGUAAACAUGAAAAUUUCUCCAAUAAAAAAUGCAAAUGAAUUUACAGUAGAAAUCACGAUUACAAACAAUGUGGAUGAAUGUAUGGCGGUAAAAGUUACUACUGAGGACAAUCCAAACAUCAAGUAUCUUUCUGCUCAUGCAGCAUACACUGCUUGCAUAUGUACCACAAACAACUUCUUCUGGGAUAUUCAAGUCUCUGCAAAUGCUGUCCUACGAGGAAAGGCAGAAGUUGUGCCAGCUAAGGGUAUAUGUCCUGACGGUGAGAAAAUAUACCCAGUAACUACCUACAUGAGGACUGCUGCACAUGAGAUCUCUGGAAAUUCAAAUAAAAACAUCUUUGAGAUUUCAUUUUACCCCGGUCCGAAUGGGAAAGAUCAAGAAAACAACCUACAGCAGAUGCUGGAGGAGUAUGAGGAAAAGGGAACCCUCGUUCACUGUUAG